UAUGAUAACCGUAAAGACAUAACUGAUUAUAGCGGUGAUAGUGGCGGUGAGGUGGGUUCGUACAAGCCUGUGGCGGAAAUUAUCAAAGAGACAAAUCAAAUGCAUAGACAUCAGCGCCGGGUCAAACCUGAGGGGGCCAAAGCUCAGGUUCGGGUGGCAGAGCAGAGUCCAAGUGUGAAAGUAUCCCAAAUGAAGAAUGCCUUUGAUGCUCCAAAGAAAGCCAGAGAGAGACCACCAGAAGUUCAGUCACCUCCAAAGAAAGAUAUGUUGCGGCGAGUUGUGCGACAGAGCAAGUUCCGUCACGUCUUUGGCCAGGCCGUGAGGAACGACCAGUGCUACGAUGACAUCCGCGUGUCCAGGGUCACAUGGGACAGCUCCUUCUGUGCCGUCAACCCCAAAUUUGUUGCCAUCAUCAUAGACGCCAGCGGGGGAGGAGCCUUUCUCGUCCUUCCCCUACAAAAGACUGGCCGUAUAGACAAGGUCUACCCUACAGUAUGUGGUCACACGGGCCCGGUGUUGGACAUCGACUGGUGUCCUCAUAAUGACCUUGUCAUCGCCAGCGGCUCAGAGGACUGCACUGUCAUGGUUUGGCAGAUCCCUGAGAACGGGCUGGAGACUCCCCUUUCCGAGCCUGUGGUUGUGUUAGAGGGUCACUCUAAGAGGGUCGGCAUCGUGUCCUGGCAUCCCACCGCUCGCAACGUUCUCCUCAGUGCAGGGUGUGACAACCAGAUUGUCAUUUGGAACGUGGGCACGGGGGAGGCCAUGAUCAACCUGGAGGACAUGCACCCUGAUGUUAUCUUUAGCGUCAGCUGGAGCCGCAACGGCAGCCUGCUCUGCACCGCCUGCAAGGACAAGAAGGUCCGCGUCAUCGACCCCCGUAAAAAAAAGAUUGUCGCGGAGAAGGACAAAGCUCACGAGGGAGCUCGACCAAUGAGAGCCAUCUUUUUAGCAGACGGAAACAUUUUCACCACUGGAUUCAGCCGCAUGAGCGAGCGCCAGCUAGCCCUGUGGAAAACUGAAAACAUGGAUGAGCCAAUAUGCGUUCAAGAGAUGGACUCCAGCAACGGAGUCCUGCUGCCCUUCUACGACCCCGACACCAACGUAGUCUAUCUGUGCGGGAAGGGUGACAGCAGCAUUCGGUACUUUGAGAUCACCGACGAGGCGCCGUUCGUUCACUACCUCAACACCUUUUCCACCAAGGAGCCCCAGAGAGGCAUGGGAUACAUGCCCAAAAGAGGCCUGGACGUCAACAAAUGUGAAAUUGCAAGGUUUUACAAAUUACACGAGAGAAAAUGUGAGCCAAUCAUCAUGACAGUCCCGCGUAAGUCGGAUCUGUUCCAGGACGACCUGUACCCCGACACGGCCGGCCCCGAUCCCGCCUUGGAGGCAGAGGAGUGGUUCGCAGGGAAGAACGGGGGCCCCAUCCUGAUCUCGCUCAAAGAUGGCUACGUCUCCACGAAGAACCGGGACCUGAAAGUGGUCAAGACGAACGUCCUGGAGAGCAAGCCGGCCACGAAAGCGGAAAACAUCUCGACCGUCCAGAAGCACGCUUCUCCGCAGCCCUCAGUAAAAAUGGAAGACAAACUGGAAGAGGUACUCCGCGAGUUCAAGUCACUCAGGGACCGUGUCAUCCUCCAAGACCGUCGGAUCGCCAGACUGGAAGAGCAGGUCGCCAAGGUGGCCAUGUAAGGACGCGGGCCCCUCCCCCAGGCCCGCUCCUUGUUUUGGGAGAGAACCGCAUGGACGGGGUCAGCCAUGGCCACAUUCUCAAAAGAUUCGGCUUCAUCGAGCCUGGCCGUCGCUGCCGCGAUGAGACCAGGCCUACAUUCCAAGAUGAACUUUAUUUUUUUUCCUCAUCAAGUUUCACACCUCGCCCCGACACACACAGAGAAAAGGAAAAACUCUCGCCGCUCAUGUACACAUUUGUAGAAAAGACAUUUUUGUUGAAGGAGAAGUCUUAACUUUUUUGUUUGUUUGUUUGUUUUGUUUUCAGAUUUGUGGUAAAACAUUCUCAUGUGAAGUUUGUACUUACAACUCAAAAAACCUGUAUGUAGCAUCAGUAUUUCCAUUGUUACUUUUUGUGUUGCCAAAUAUGAAUCGCGUGCGGUUUCAUGCACUGCUUCUACAUUUAUUUUCUCUCCUGUUGUACAUUCCAGUCCCAACCUGGUAGAUUGAUUUCGUCGAGCUGGAUCUUUUUUUAUUUUUUAAACAAUAGCUGUUGAACUUGUUUCCCUCCCACCAGUUUGCUUAUUGAUAACCAUCAGAUUUAUGAAUGUGGAAGAAUUCCUGAAUUCUUCUUUUUCUUCCUGUUCUUCUGGGCUUGAAAUUUAACAUUGGGUUUUAUUGUGGGUGGUGGGGGGGGGGGGUUGCAUCUCUCUGGUGUAAAUGUUGUGCAAAUGUAGUGGUGCCUCUUGUCACUGUUAAGGGUCAAACUAAGGUCGCCCUCUCCAGUGCAUAUUUGGUGUUGGGAAGGGACCACUCACCCAGCUUGUGUUUCACUGAACCCCUGACAAACAGUU